GCACGCAUGCGCCCUUUUAUUAUUUAUUCUACAUAUAUUUGAGGUGUUGGUACUCCUGUUGCUGUGAUUCACAAUUGUUGCAAAAAAUGUCAAAAAAAUAAUUUUUUGGUUUCUCAAAAAUCAAAAAAACAUUACGUAAGGGCCGGUUAUAAUGCCAGGCCAGUGUGUCCAGUGACUCGCAAUCGGAGACUGUUAGGUUAGGUUUUGCAAUGAAUUCGCCUUUGCCACCCCCGACAACGCAGCGGGACUGCAUGUCCGCCGCCACCAAAAGGUACAAAUACUUGCGACGAAUGUUUAAGUUUGAUCAGAUGGAUUUUGAGUUUGCCUUCUGGCAAAUGCUGUAUUUGUUUAUAGCCCCACAGAAGGUCUACCGGAACUUUCGCUACAGGAAACAGACGAAGUCGCAGUUUGCGAGAGAUGAUCCUGCGUUUUUGGUGCUCUUUGCCGCCUGGCUUUGCAUCACUUCCGUUGGGUUUGCAAUUGUAUUAAAGCUGGGAUUUGGGCAGUUUGUCUAUUUUCUGUUAUAUGUCAUUUUUGUUGAUUGUAUUGCUGUGGGGGUGAUCACGGCUACGUUUUUUUGGUAUGUGCUUAAUAAAUAUUUCAGACCAAGCACUGAAGUACAAGAUGUUGAAUGGGGAUACUCAUUCGACGUCCACUUAAAUGCCUUCUUUCCGCCAUUAAUACUAUUACAUUUCUUUCAGUUGUUCUUCUACAACGGUAUUUCCUUUAUUAUCUUUUUAUUGGAUAAAUCAAUAAAUGACUGUGUUUUAGGUUUGAUAAGUCACGAAUGGUUCAUCUCGAGAUUGCUUGGCAACACAUUUUGGUUGGUGGCAGUGCUGUAUUACAUGUUCAUAACAUUUCUAGGGUACAGUUCCCUGCAAAUCCUAAAUCGCACCCACUUGAUCCUAACGCCAGUACCCAUAGUUCUAGUAUUCUAUAUAAUCAGUCUAGUGGCUGGUCUCAAUAUAACCCAUGUCUUAAUGACGUUUUACAAACAUAGGGUGUUAUAAUAAAAUUCAGUUCAGUUUUGUAUCUAGUCUAAAGUUAUUUUAAUAAAUUAUCAGUUUUUGUAAAAACGAUGUAAUGUUUUCAAUAAAACAAAAAGUUUCA